GCUAUAGGGAGAGUGGAUAUGGGGAGAAGAUAGAGGGGAUUUGGGGAAAGGGUUUGAGGAUGAACUAUGAAAUUUGGGCCAGGACACUGGGGGACAGGAGAGAAGGUCUGGUUUAGUGGGGGCAUGUGCCCUCAGGAGCACACACCCUGCCAGCUCCUAACACCCCCUGUGCCCAUACCUCAUCCCGGUGAAGCGGCCACAGCCACCUUCCUGGCCGUGUCCAGCACACUGGACCCAGCCACUGGCAGAGCACAUGUUCCCACAGUGGUGAGGGCAGUGGGGACCCCACCGUCCCAUGGAUGCCACACGUUCCCCACAAUACCACACAGUGCCAGUGCCAGUGCCAGUGCUGGGCCUGGCCAGGCUCCCACUCUGCUGGGAACAAUCCGGCCUUUGAGCGGGACCCGGUGCCGGCGGCACAAGGCUCCUGCCCAUAGAAUGGGUCCAUUCUGGUGGCAGGUGCCGCGAGGGGCCGGGGGCUCCAGCUGGCCCCCAGCUUUGUGGGGGGGUUGAAGCCCCCCCAUGUUGGUGUGCAGAGUUGGCACACAGUUGGAUUUGGGGGCUCAAGUGUCACGGCAGUGCCAGGGCCGUACACCAGUCAUGGAAGGGGCUGAGGUGGGAUGGAGGGGCACUGGGAUCACGCCCCACCCGUGGGCCCCCAUCCCGCCUGGGCACCGAGGGGUGCCCUGCAUCCACCCCGUGCCUGUGGCAAUGGGUGUCUGUGUCCCUGUCUAUGUCCCCUCAGGCAGGAAUGGAGGGUGUCCAUGGCUGGGGCUGGGACCCUUUUGGGGUGCCCGUGUCCCCCUGGGUGACCCGGUGGCUGCAGGCUCCCAUCCGCCAUGCUCGGUGCACCCCGGGACAGGAUCAGGACUGUCCCGGUACUGGAUUAGGACUGUCCCGGGACCAUCUCGGGACUGCCUGGACAGUACCGGGACCACGCCAUAAGCACGCCUAAUUCUGUACCGGAACAGUACCAGGACCGUGCCGGGACAGUACCUGAACCAUCUCUAGACCAUACCUGGACUGAGCCGGGACCGUGCAGGACUGUACCAAGACUGGACCGGAACCAUGCCUGGACCGGACCGGGGCCGGCACCGUACCGGAUCGUGCCCCGCGGUCUCUCCCGGGCUGCCUACGGUACCGUCCCGCUCCCAUUCCCGGGAGUCCCCCGUUCCCGGGGCCGGGCGGGGCGGCCGCUGUCCCCGCCCCGGGGCGCUCCCGACGCUUCCUGCGGGCACGGCCGGGACGGGGCGGGUCGGGGCAGCGGCGGUAGCGGAGCGCGAGCUACCCUGUGCCCCCCUGGUGCCGGGGGAUGCCGGGAUGCCGGUUCCCGCAUGCCCGCAGCGCCCUACCCUGAGCCUGGAGCCCGGCUGUGCCAUGGAGGAUCCGCCCGGCAGCAGGACCGAGACGUGGGCCGAGGGGCUCCAUAAUGCCAACAACAACGCAUCCCCGGGGGGGUGGCCAGGUGCCCGCGGUGGGCACCCCCUGGCAGCUUUCGGGGGUCCCGGGGCCAAGCCCAGCUACCUGGACCGCGUGGUGCAGGAGAUCGUGGAGUCAGAGCGCACCUACGCCCGCGACCUGCGCAGCAUCGUGGAGGGUUACCUGGGCAAGAUCAUCGACGCGGAGGAGCCGGUGCUGCGACCGGAGCAGGUCAGCGCGCUCUUCGGGAACAUCGAGGACAUCUACGAGCUCAGCAGCAACCUCCUGCAAAACCUGGAGAGCUGUGCCAAUGACCCCGUUGCUGUGGCUGUGUGCUUCGUCACCCGGAGCCAGGAAUUUGCCAUCUACACCCAGUACUGCAACAACUACCCGAGCUCGGUGGCAGCACUGACGGAGUGCAUGAGGAGCAAGGUCCAGGCACGGUUCCUGCGGGAAUGCCAGGAGCGGCUGCGCCACGCGCUGCCCCUCGGGGCCUACCUGCUUAAGCCUGUCCAGAGGAUCCUCAAGUACCACCUGCUGCUCCAGGAGAUCGCCAGGCGCUUCGAGCACAAGGCAGGGGACGACUACGAGCUGGUGCUGGAGGCCAUCGACACCAUGACCUGCGUGGCCUGGUACAUCAAUGACAUGAAGCGCAAGCACGAGCACGCCAUCCGCCAGCAGGAGAUCCAGUCGCUGCUGCUGGGCUGGAAGGGGCCGGACCUGACAAGCUACGGGGAGCUGGUGCUGGAGGGCACAUUUCGGGCACAGCGGGUGCGCCACGACCGCGCCCUCUUCCUCUUCGACAAGGCCCUGCUCAUCACCAAGCGCCGUGGCGACCACUACGUCUACAAGAGCCACAUCCCGUGCUCUUCGCUGAUGCUGAUUGAGAGCACGCGGGACUCCCUGUGCUUCAGCCUAGCACACUACAAGCAUGGCAAGCAGCAGCACAGCCUGCAGGCCAAGAGUGUGGAGGAGAAGCGCGUGUGGACUCACCACAUCAAGCGGCUCAUCCUGGAGAACCACCAUGCCACCAUCCCCCAAAAGGCUAAGGAAGCCAUCCUGGAGAUGGACCUGUUCUACCCCCCGCGCCUGCCCCGCUGCAGCCCCGAGCGCCUGAAGAAGAGCUGGUCUUGCCAGCCCCUGGGUGACGCUGCCACCGAGCCACUCCAGGGACGCCGGCAGUCUGAGCCCUUCCAGCACCAGGGGCACACGGAGACGCUGCUGGAGCGGCUGCAGGGGCACGGAGGGCACAGGCAGUCGGGUGUGGACAGCGGACGGGACCAGGGGGCUCGGGGUGCCGAUGAGUUGGGGGACACGGGGGUGAGGCCACUGUCACCUCCCCUCCCCCCAGAGCCCAGCAAGCACAACCUGUGGCACCUGGGCGAGCAAGGGCUGAAGGUAAGGCCGGGUGUGGUGGGUUGGGGUGCCCGGUGCCUCCAGCCCUGGCACGGGGCGCUGAGCCCGGCGCUCACCCCCACACAGAACACCAGCGGUGAUGGGGCGCUCCUGGAAGUGGGGGAGCCACCCCAGCAGCCCAGAGCCUGGGCAGCGGCUGAGGGCAUGGUGACAGAGGAAGAGGAGGAGGAGGAAGAUGAGGCUUUGGGCAAGGACAGCCAGGACAAGGUGCCGGGGGCCAGGGAUCUGCUGUUGGAGCCCCAGGAGGAGCAGGCUGGGGGGCACCCAUGGGUGCCAGAGGGACCCAAGCGGCCGAGCAGCUGGGGGCCGGGGAGCUGUGAGAAGGUCAGUGCAACCCCCCGGCCCUCACCUGGGGCUGCCCAGGGACCCAGCACGCACCUCCCUAACAGCAAUGCUGGGGAGCACCCCAAGGUCCCCAAAUCCCCAUCCCUGGUGGGGACCCUGGCGCUGCCCAGUGGGGACAAGGAACCGGAGCGUGCUGCGGAGGAUUUGCAGGUGCUGAGCAGCGAGGAGGAGGAGGAGGAGGAAGAGGAGGGAGAAGGAGCCGCCAGCAUCCUGCCACCCUCAGUGCUGGACCAGGCCAGUGUCAUCGCGGAGCGGUUCGGCGGCGGCGGCAGCUUGUCCCGCAGGAGCAGCCUGGUGCUGGAGGGACCCCUGGGACGCACCCCCAGCCACGGCGGCAGCACCCUCAGCCUGGAUGGGGGCCCCCCGCUCGAACCUGGGGAGCCCAUGGGGUCCAGCAGUGCCAUCCCCUCGCCCGAGCCCUUCACCAGAGCCCGCCGGGAAUCGCUGCUCUCCAACCGGGACCGCCUGCUCCUCGACAAGAUCAAGAGUUACUACGGCCACGCCGAGCACCGCGAUGCCGGUUUCGGCGUGCGCCGCCGCGAGAGCCUCUCCUUCAUCCCCAAGGGGCUGGUGCGGAGCUCCGUGUGCCGCCUCAAUGGGCUCCCGCGGCCCCCCGAGAGCCCCGAGCCCCCCGCCCAGCCCGAGGCACCAGAGCCAUGCCAGGAGAACGGGGUGCAGCCCCCCGAGCCGCUGCUCAUCGUGGAGGAGGAUGACGUGGGCCCCGCGGCGUCACCCCCGGGGCCAGCCCCGCAGCUGCUGCUGACACCGCCUCACCCGGGCACCAAGGUGUACCAGCUGGCACGGCAGUACAGCCUCCGCAUCAAGAGCCGCCGCGCCGCCACCCGCCGCCCCCCGCUGCUGCUGCAGGAGGACGGGGACCCCCCUCCCAGCACCCCUUCGCUGGCCGUGCCCCGGGACGAGGCGCUGGCGGCGUCCCCGGCCCCGCGUGCUCCCCGCAGCCCCUCGAGCCCCGUGGGCGCCGAGCCCUUUGCCUGGCCCGACGUGCGGGAGCUCCGUGCCCGUUUCGGAGCCCCACGGCCGCCGCCGGUGAGCCGCAGCCGCUCGGCGCCCGAGGGUCCCAGCCGCGGUGGGCGCCCGGCCGGGAAGGAGCGGGGCGGCGGCCGGAGCCGCAGCGCCGAGGCCAGCGGGGGCUCCGACACCCCGAACGCGGUGCCCGCGCGGCACAGCAGUGACGGGGCGCUGUGGGUGGCAGCCGAAGCCCCUCUGGGGCCCGGGCAGCGGGUGCUGGUGCUGGAGCGGCUGCCGGAGCCCCCGGCCUACGUGCAGAUCCGCUCGCCCACCACACGGGAGAAGAUCUGCCUGAAGGCGGUGGUGGAGCGCUGCAAAGCCUACCAGGCAUCCGAGGAGUACCGGCGGCGCUGCCCCGAGCCCCCCGGCAGCCCCGAGCCGCUGCGCCACGGCCUCGUCAGGGACCUGCGGCAGAAGUUUCAGACCCUCGAUGCUGCCAGCUAGGGGCAGGGACGGGUAGAAGGGGUGUCCUGUCGACCCCCACGUGGACCCCCAACCUUCCUGGGAGAAGGAGCACCAGAUGGACCACCAGCUUACCUGGAAGAAGGGGCACCCCAUGGCCCCCCAGGCUGUUUGGAAGAAGGAGCCCUUUGGGAAAUUGCAAUCUGCCCAGGUGAAGGGGCACCUCCUGGGAGAGGGAGCACCCCAUGGACACCCAGCUUGUGAAGAAGGGGCACCUCAUGGACUGCCCUAACCCACCUGGCAGAAAGAGCACCCUAGGGACUCCCAACCUGCUCUGGACAAGGACGCCCUCUGUUCUCUCUGCCCACAGGACCAGGGGCACCCCAAGAACCACCCUACAAGCGCCAGAGGCCACUCGUGCCCCACAGGCACCCAGCACUGCACCCUGCUUGCUUUCACAUCUUUAUUAGAAAAAAAACCCCAAACUGAACCCAAAGUUCCUCUGUGGUCGCCCACCCUCCCCCACCCUCCAGGGUGUCUCAGCCCGGCUGUGGGG